AAGAUACAUGAUAUGAGAAGAAUUAACCUAAAAUAUUAGUACUGAAAAAGUAAAGAUUAUUCGUGUUUGAUAUUAACAUGUCUAUAGUAUUUGAUUUUUUAUUCUAAAACCUGAGCAAAACAAUAGAAAAUGGAAGAAAUUGGGCAGCUUGAUGUGGUUUUGGAAGGCUUUCAACAAAUAACUAAGAAACCUGAAUCAUUUUUGAACUGUGAUGACUCUGUUGCAGGUACUAUUAAAAACAAUAUGAAACAAAACUAUGAUUUUACAAAAAUAGAAGAAAUACAGGUGUUAUCUGGCGCCUUACCUGAAUUACUUAUCAAGAAUUUUGAUAUAGAACAAAUCUGGCAGGAACUUGAAUUACAGAAUGAUAGUAUACUUAAAAAAUCUUUAAAAAAUAUAAGUAGGUUACUUGUUCACAAAGAUAAAUUAUUGUUCUCAACUUUACAAAAUGAGGUCAAUGAUAUUUCCAAUCAAGACAAUCUAGUUGAAAAUGCAUCAAGUAAUGCCGAAACACAAAACGAGUCAGAAAUUGAAAAUUCAGACCCACUUAAAGAACAGGAAAGUGAUGAUCAGUCACAUGAAAGUACUGAAAAUGAAAUGGAUUUAGGAGACAUCGAAUCUGAGGAAGAAAACACAGAGAAUACAAAAAAAGUUAGCAAAAAGAAAAAAUCUGAAGUCGAAGAUGACUUUUUCAAACUUGAUGAAAUGGAGAACUUUCUGAACUCUGAAGAGAAGAAAAUGGAUGAAACGGAUUCUGGAAAUAAUUCCGAUGAUUCUGAAUCUGAGAAAGAAGGAAGUAUAGAUUUCUUUGAAAAUGAAUCAGAAGAGGACGAUAAAAUGAAAACAGCACGAUUCAAAGAUUUUUUUCGUUCAAAUGAAGAAAGUGAAAAACCAAAAAGAAACAAGUUUCUAGAUGAUAUGAGUGAAACUGAAGAUGCACAAACUAAAUCAACUCUUGAGUUACGUCAAGAAAGAUUGAAAAAAAGGAUAGAUGACUUUGAGGAGGCUGCCAUCAGUGAGAAACCUUGGCCCUUGAAGGGUGAAAUUGUAGCUGAGAAUCGGCCUGUGAAUUCUCUUUUAGAGGAAGUCCUGGAGUUUGAUUUGACAUCAAGACCAGGUGGGUCAUUUUCAUUCAUUACCAGUUGGGAUUUUUAUUUACUCUUUAUCAAUGACCAUAAUUGUUGAGAAUAAUUAAGUGGUGGGUGGGUUUUAUAUUUCAUUGUUAUUAUUCCUUUCAUAUUUAUCAAUUUCAUUAAUUGAAAUGAUAAAAAUAAUUCAGAUAUUUGAACUAUUCCAUUGAUUAGAGAUUCUAGUCAAAAAUAAAACACAGCUAACACUGAACCCUUAUCGAAUAUAGUCAAUCUUAAACUGUACCGCAGAAAUUUUAUAUGGUGCCAUUCAAUGAGAAAGGAUUGAGUUGAAAGAAUUGACACAAAUUCAGUAGUGCCAAUAAUGAAAUAUAUAACCCGGCUACCAUUUUAUCAUUAUUGAAUAGGUUCCUUCAGAAAAGGGAUACAUUUUGUUAUAAUGUUGGCUACACUUGAUAUUGAAUUUAUCAUGAACUCUUGAAUGUAAUGUGAAAUUGUUAUAAUUUUAUUUAUUCUAUCAGCCAAAUAGUAACAAUUACGCUGUAUUGAAACUACAAACGACAAUUCGAAAAUGAAAAUACAAUUAAAUUUUUGACAAAAGAUAGCCAAUCAUACAGAGUUGGGUCAGAUACAAGAAAAGGGGAUCCGAUUAUUUGAUACGGAUACUUUCACCUAAAAAUGUACUCGGACACAAGUAUUCGGAUACUUUUUUUGGAUACCUUCACGGAUACUUUUAGAGUUAGUGAAAAUAGUGUUUUAAUGUAUACAAAUAAAAAUACUAGGGAUGAAUAUCAAAAACAAAAAGCGAUAAAAAAAGAUAGGAAAUAAAAG